AACAGGCACACAUGCACUGUUUUAAUUCGUCUGCCCAGCUGUUGCAGGCAUUCUCCAAAGUAACAUUGCGGAAACCAUCUCUCGCAUUUGGACGCCACAAAGACGUUUCUGGAAAUCAGCCCGGACCCGCUGUAAGAUGCUUCAACUGUAACUCCAUGGGUCACUUCGCAGCCGACUGCCGCAAGCCUAAGCGCGCGUACGGCGCUUGCUACGGUUGCGGAAGUUUGGAGCACCUGAUAUCCCAUUGCAACGAGAAGAAGAACGCAACCAAAAAUGAAUAUAAUGCCUAAUCGAUUCUGGGAGUCCAAUUAGUUUUACGAAGUUAUCCUGCGUUGAAAACAUUCUAAGAAGUAAUAUCGUUAACGUUAAUGAAAACAACUUGUCGCAUUACUUUGGCUUGAACCACAGCCCUUUAGACAUAUAUGGAAAGAUAUCAUGUUUUGUUAUUAUGAAUAAAGUGAAGUUUAAUUUUGAAUUAUU